AUGACGGGCACGCGCGGCUCUCAUCACGCGGACAAUACGGACCUAUCGCAGUAUGUGUCUGGAAACCGAUCCGGUAGCAUAUUCACCUGCUCGCAUUACGGAAUUACUCCAGAGCGCGAAUACAAGAACAUUAUUACCGUUCAGCACGAUCAGAACAUGUUUGAAUACAGCCAGCCAGUCAAUCAAUGCCUCGUCCGUCUUCUUGGCUCUGAAGCGUAUCGCUGGCGAGGGGCAUAUGUGGGUCAUGGAUACAAGUACACUGUAGUGGUACACCCAGAUGAUUUAGACGAUACCGACGGCGAGGAGUUUGAUCAUCCUUUGGUUGCAUUGGAUCUGGAUACGACACGCCUGGGUCCUUUGGUUGCCUAUUUUUCAGAGCUGCUGCGUAGGGAGAGGGUGGCUAGGGCAUUUUGGGCACCUGCUGCCUAG